AUGUCCAAUCUACCCGCACUGUGCAGACCUCCGUUCUACAAAACAUUAAUGGGAUGGAGUGGAUCCAAAUACUUCCAAUCGCAAGUUGUUUUAGAUAAAAAUAUGAUAGUUAAUAAGGCAACACGCAGUGAAAAUCAGGGCACACCAAAGGAAAUAUGGAGUGGAAAUAGGACAGGCAAACGGUGUUAUUUUCUCCUUCUGAUGACACCCCCAGACCCCGUUCGUGUGCGCAACCUGGCCUGUGGCAACAGAAAGUAG